CCCACCAUUACGACUGAUACUUAUCUGUCCCAUUCACAUGGUUCUUCUGAGCUACCAGUAUGCAAAGUCACAGACUCUUAAUCCCACUGUUAUACAAAGUCCUCUUUCAGAACAUGCAUGCAUGCAGCCUCUCCAAGCUCAAUAAAAAAUAUUAAUGUUUUAUUUAAGCUUUAAACAUAUCUAUCCAAAGAAGGUGUUGGGUAUCAAGAGAACGGCUAAGAUGCCGGGGAAAUUUUGGAAGACUGUGGCUGUUGCUGUGUGAAUAUGGAAAGGAGGGUGUGAUACUGGAUAUGUACAGGAAUAACCAUAUUGCUCCGUUUCAUAACAGACAAGCCCUCAACUGCUUCCAGUCUGAUCAUAUGAAGAAAUGAGCUCACUGGACAGUAAUCUCAGGGAGUCCACUGAUAACUUCGAGCUGCUUUACAACAGCACCAAGAAUGCUCCAGACUUCUCAGCUGUUGACAAGCCUGACUGGCUGAGAACACCAGUUAUAUAUAGCACAGCAGAAGCAGCUCCACAUAGUCUCUAACAGAGCUUCAGGAGACCAAAGGAGAGGAAACAUUAUCUCAGACCUAUACUGCCAAACCCCAACAACACCUAGCAACAGUCCAAGGGAAAAGGAGAAAAAAAAAUAUCUCCAACUCUCUUGGUGGGGGUGUGUGGGACCUCCUCUUUCUAUGACUGGGAUAUCUGUAUACUACUAGUGACUUCACAACAGCCCAGAGUGGAGUGCAUUCUCCUUGUGCAUGGUGGAUGUUCUGUCAAUGUCACUCUAAAUAGAAGGACGCUCUGCUUUUUAAGAAAAGACAACUGCGGCCGCCUCUGUGACCCACGCGUUCUGUGGUGCAUCACUGGACAGACAGGUAGGAAUGAGAUCUCGAAAUCAAGUUGGUGAAAGCUCAACAGCUGGGCAGCUCUCCAGCUACAACAAUGGCAAUGCCAUAGAAAAUGAGAACCACAGCAAUGAAGCCAAAAACAAGAAUAAAAUCCACAGAAAUAAGGAAGGAGAUGUACAGGUCUCUGGGACUGUCAAAAGACAUGCUAAAACUUCUGGACUGUGUGAAAGAAAAAACAGGAACAUCCAAGACCCAACCAAAGAGGAUCUAGUAAAGCUGCUAAGUGUUAUGGAAGGUGAACUGCAGGCUAGGGAGGAUGUUAUCCAUAUGCUAAAGACAGAGAAAACUAAGCCCGAAGUUUUGGAAGCACAUUAUGGGUCUUCAGCUCCCGAGGAUGUACUGAGGGUACUGCACAGAGAUGCUAUACUUGCAAGGGAAAAGUCAAUAGGAGAAGAUGUUUAUGAGAAGCCAAUGGCAGAGCUUGACCGACUUGAAGAAAAGCAGAAAGAAACGUACAGACGCAUGUUAGAGCAGCUACUGCUGGCAGAGAAGUGCCAUCGUAGGACUGUGUAUGAAUUGGAAAAUGAAAAGCAGAAGCAUACGGACUACAUGAACAAAAGUGAUGACUUCACCAACUUGUUGGAACAAGAGCGUGAAAGGUUAAAGAAGUUACUAGAACAGGAAAAGGCAUAUCAAGCACGAAAAGACAAAGAAUAUAACAAGAGACUGAAUAAAAUUAGGGAUGAACUAGUAAAACUCAAGUCAUUUGCACUGAUGCUGGUGGAUGAAAGACAAAUGCAUAUUGAGCAACUUGGACAACAAAGCCAAAAGAUACAAGAUCUCACUCAAGAACUCCAAGAAGCAGAUUCUAAAGUCAAAGCAAUUUGUGCUAAAGCCAACGAAGACAGCCAGAAAAUUGUUAAAUUGGAAUCGGACCUUGAUCAUAAAACUUCCAAAUAUUCUCAAGAGCAUGAGGAUAUGACUGCAAAACUUGCUACUCAAGAAUCUAACAACCGUCAGUUACGACUUAAACUGGUGGGUCUGAACCGUAGGAUUGAAGAGUUAGAAGAAGUAAAUAUAAACCUUCAAAAAGCUGAUGAUGAGUUGAAAGAACUUAGAGAAAAGAUUGCUAAAGGAGAAUGUGGAAACUCAAGCUUAAUGGCAGAGGUGGAAAAUUUAAGAAAGCGUGUUCUAGAAAUGGAAGGGAAAGAUGAAGAGAUAACAAAGACAGAAUCUCAGUGUAAAGAACUCCAAAAGAAACUCCAUAAAGAAGAACAUCACAGCAAGGAACUAAAGUUGGAGGUAGAAAAACUGCAAAAAAGAAUGUCAGAACUGGAAAAAUUAGAGGAAGCGUUCAUGAAAAGCAAGUCUGAGUGCUCUCAGCUUUAUGUCAAGCUGGAAAAAGAAAAAGCCCUAACCAAGGAUUUGAUUAAGGAGGUAGACUUGGUUAAAGCUCGUGUUAAGGAACUGGAAUCAGUCGAAGGAAGACUUGAGAAAACAGAACAUAGUUUAAAGGAUGACCUAACAAAGUUAAAAAGUUUCACUGUUAUGCUUGUUGACGAAAGAAAAAUUAUAAUGGAAAAGAUUAAGCUGGAAGAAGGAAAAGUGAAUAAUCUAAACAAGUGUUUAAAGACCGAACAAGGUAAAGUUAUGGAGGUAACAGAAAAACUGAUAGAUGAAAGCAAAAAUCUUUUAAAAUUGAAGUCAGAGAUGGAAGAGAAAGUUUAUAACUUAACAAAAGAAAGAGACGAGUCAAUAAGCAAACUUAAAACUGAGGAAGAUAAAAACUGUGAAUUAAGCUGCAGAGUCGACCUGCUGAUCAAAAGAGUGGACAGCAUGGAGGCCACAGAAAGAGAAGCCGCACGAAGUAGAACUAAAAAGAGUUUAGAAUCUCUACAUCAAGAAGACAACAAGACGAAAGAGUUGAUUUUAGAAAUAGAAAGACUUAGGUCACGUCUACAGCAGCUUGAAGUAGUUGAGGGAGAUUUGAUGAAGACAGAAGAUGAGUAUGAUCAACUAGAAAGAAAAUAUAGAACCGAGCAAGACAGAGCAAAUGUUUUGUCUCUUCAGCUUGAGGAGCUGAAAAGUCAGAUAGCAAAAAAUAAAGCUAUUGAGAAGGGGGAAGCUGUAAGUCAAGAGGCUGAACUUCGACAUCGAAUAAGAGUUGAGGAGGCUAAAAACAGAGAUUUGAGAGCAGAGGUUCAAGCACUUAAAGAGAAGAUUCAUGAUAUGAUGAACAAGGAAGAUCAACUUUCACAGCUUCAAGUUGACUAUUCAGUUCUUCAAAAAAGGUUUAUAGAAGAGGAGAAUAGAAAUAAAAAUAUGGGACAAGAUGUACUAAACUUGACAAAAGAGCUAGAGCUUUCAAAACGAUACAGUCGAGCUAUAAGGCCAAGCAUGAACGGAAGAAGAGUGGUAGAUGUUCCUGUAACAUCUACAGCUGUCCAGACAGAUGUAAUAAAUAAUGAGAUGGUUGAGGAAGAGACACCAGCAGUGUUUAUCAGAAAGUCUUUCCAAGAGGAAAACCAUAUUAUGAGCAAUUUACGACAGGUUGGACUUAAAAAACCUACUGAGCGCUCACCUGUUCUGGAAAGGUAUCCACCUGCAGCUAAUGAACUGAAUAUAAGAAAAUCAUGGAUUCCCUGGAUGAAAAAAAGAGAAAAUGGCUCUCCUGGGACUCCAGUCACUCCAGAAAGGGCGGUUCGGCCAAGUCCUAGUCCAGGGCGCCCUAAUGAAGUGUUUCUUUCACCAAAACAGGGUCAGCCUUUACAUAUAAGAGUAACACCAGACCAUGAAAACAGCACAGCUACUUUGGAGAUUACAAGUCCACCUGCCGAAGACUUUUUUUCAAGCACUACUGUAAUACCAACCUUAGGAACGCAGAAACCACGGAUUACAAUUAUUCCUUCUCCAGGUGUCAUGACACAGAAAGGAAAAGGUUUAGAUAGUCCAGAAUCCCCAGAAAGAUCUAUGUCUCCUGUUACAAUCACAACUUUUUCACGGGAAAAAAAUUUAGAAACUGGCAGAAGCAACUUUGGGGAAAGGCCUUCUUCACCAAUUCAGAUACUUACGGUAUCAACAUCUGCCGCCUCUCCAGAUAUAUCUGUGUCACCUGAUGCACAGGAAAUGACUAUGGGACGUGCUGUAUUUAAAGUUACUCCUGAAAAACAAACUGUGCCAACGCCAAUAAGAAAGUUCAAUUCUAAUGCAAACAUCAUUACAACAGAAGACAACAAAAUCCAUAUUCAUUUAGGCUCUCAAUUUAAGCGAAACCCUGGCAGCUCUUCAGAAGGUACACCAGUCAUAACUGUUAGACCUUUAAAUCUUGGUACAGAAAAUAAAGAAGUGGCAACUGGCACUGUACUCAGAUCUCCAAAGACUAAUCUAUCAGCUAGACCUGCAACAAAUAAAGUCACCAGCUCAAUAACCAUAACUCCUUCCUCAACGUCUUCUACUCGUGCAACCCAAUCAGUGACACCACAGGAUGGGUCAACCCAACGCCACAUCCCUACCCGCAUUCCCAUGUCAAAAGGUAUGAAAGCAGUAAAGCCAAUCAUGGCAGUGCCAGGAGCAGGAAAUCUGUCAAAAUUUGAGCCACGUGGCGAGAGUCAGUCUAUGAAAAUAGAAUUGAAGAAAUCACCAGCCAGCAGCUCUGCCCCUCUCGGAGCGGGGAAGGGCUGAGGCUAAGCCUCAGGGAGAGCAUUGUUAUCCAUCAGCUUCGGAUGAACGCUAGAUGAUCUGUGGAGGAGAACAUGAAUUUAUGCACUUCUACUGAACAGAAAUAUUUUUGGAUAUUUUCUGGGUCGCACUCCAAGACAACAGCUUCAUGCCUUUCUAUUCUACUGACACAUCAAAGAAAAGAUCUUUAUUUUUAUUUUUUUGUAAAUUUGCUUGUGUUUGAAAUAUGCCAAAUUUACAGGAUUAUAUUUUGUGAAAAUGUUGCUAAUUCAUCAUGAAACUUUCUCUGAAAGGUUUUUAACUUAUUUUCUAAUGUUUUUAAGCUUUUCUUUAAAUAUUGUAUUUUUGUAUGGAAUCUGAGCAGCUGUAGACGAAUGGUAUAGCUAGAAUGUAUUAUUUCAAUGUGCUUUUCUUAUCUCUGCGGAUCCAACAUAUGGUCUCGAUGGGGUUUUUGUGCCAUUUAUGAUACCAUGUGUGAAUAUGAAUAAAAUCUUCAGGAUCUGCAUGGGCAUGUGACAGAUGGUUAUGGUGGUGCUUUACUUUAUUUAAUAAUGUUGAAUCUAUUUAUGGAGCAAAAGGCAACUGAUCAGUUGCUCAUAUUAGUCUAAGUUGACUGAAUGGAAUGUAUCUGAUUAAUAUUGGUCAAAGAGCAGUGCUAUCUACAAAGGUGCUUGGGUAAAAAAAGAGAAUAUAAAAAACAUUACUCCAGCACAUGUAUACGUACAGUAUAGUAUGAUAAAAUGGUCAUUGUCACUAAGACACACCACAUGUCACUAAGACACACCACAUGUCACUAAGACACACCACAUGUUCUUCUGAUGAGGAGUCCUGGUGGCUAUACUGUGGCACUUACAUCCACCUUCAUAGCAUUAUUGUUACAUCACAGACAUCUGACUCUAUGACACAUUCUAUCUGCAUUAACAAUAUAACUGUGAUGGUUGUUGCAAGUUGCAGGUUGUUUACUUGUGCCAAGUGCAUUGCCAAUGUUUUUGGACACCCAUGACAUCAAGCAUCUUAUGAGCAGUAUGACAUUUACCACAGUGGCCAAAUGUCAAACAGUAGUAAAUGGGGUUAGAUAAAUUCCAUCCCAUUUUGUGUAGUGGUUUUUAGGGUGUUCUGUCUCUUUUGACCCCAAGUGUUUACUACCUGUUCUUUCUUCACCAUAAAUUGCAUGAAAGAAUCAAAUAUCUAAAACCAUGCACUUUAAACCCCCCCCCCCCCCCUCAAUGUUCCUGAGUUGUCCCUUGAUGUCAUGACUGACUGGGUGGACAGGGAAAGUGAGCCCUAAGCUUUCCCUAGUAACACUUUCCCUGCCUACUUACCCAAACUCCUUAAGUGGUGAAUCGACAACUUCGAGCCAGUCCCUCCCUGCGCUACAGUGCAGUGGCAUAAAAACAAAUAAUAUAUAGUCGGUCACAGGCCAGAAAUUGAAAACUACCAGACAACCAGAUAUACCAGACAGGAUACAAAUACUAACAGGGCAGAAAAUUGUGUAUUAACAAACAGUUCAUAAACCAGAUAUCAGAUAAACAGCAGACAUGAUAAAAUGAACAAGACUAGGUAUGCAACAAGAAUACAGCAGAAUCCAAGAGACGCAAGGGAUGAAUGGAAGAACUGAAAGCUAAAACACUAAACUGAUCAGGUAACAUAGGACACUGUUCACACUGGACACAGAUAACAAACAUGAACUUCAUAAAAACGGAUACAAGAAAACCAAACUCUACAACGUAGAGGAACACUGGUCAGGAUACUAGACAGGAUAUUUCUCAAGAUUCAAAACAGGAUACAUUUCAAGAUACAAGACAGGAUAAAUUCAAAACCAAACUCCACUAUGUGGAGGAACAGGACAGGAUUCUUACAGUGUGAACACAGACUAAGCAGAACAGACAUACAUCCUAAAAACCGACAAAUAACACAGACAAAAAUCUACAAUAAACAAGACUAUUUAACCAUGGCUAAAACUAAGAUAUAUCACAGGAUAAAUACAAGGGGCCUGCUCAAGCAGACUAGGAAGUGUAUUGCACAGACAUCAUAGUAGCAUUAUUGCACAAAAUAACCAGCACCAGGAUGCAGGAGAACUCUGGUUACAUAGACACACCCAAGAUCUCAUUGGUUCUGAGCAUUAACAAUUCCCAAUCCAGGAAGAAUAGCAAACUGCUAAGUACAAACUAGUGUGUGAAUACACGCCUAAACAGAAAAAUACAGGUCUGUGGUCGUGAUGUCAUCAGAGAGCAUUCCAAAAAGAAAAUAAUUUCCUCUGUAGUAUUCAGCAGCUAAUAAGUACAGGAAGGAUUAAGAUUUGUUAAUAGAAGUAAUUUAUAAAUAUGUUUAACUUUCUGCCACCAGUUGAUUUAAAAGAAAAAAAGGUUUUCACCGGAGUACCCCUUUAAAAGCAGUGUGUGACUGGAGUUGUCCCCUUGUGUUAUAUAAAAAAGAAUGAUAUGAGGCAUGUUUAAACCUUUAACGACGCAGGACGUAUAUUUACGUCCUGCGCCGGCUCCCACGAUAUGAAGGAGGGUCGCGCUGCGACCCCGCAUCACAUCGCGUCGGUCCCGGCGCUCAUCAACGGCCGGGACCCGGGGCUAAUACCACACAUCGCCGAUCGCGGAGAUGUGCGGUAUUAACCCUUUAGAAGCGGCGGGGAAAUCGCGGCGUCCCGAACAGCUUGCAGGACACUGGGAGGGCCCUUACCUGCCUCCUCGGUGUCCGAUCAACGAAUGACUGCUCUGUGCCUGAGAUCCAGGCAGGAGCAGUCAAGCACCGAUAACGCUGAUCACAGGCGUGUUAAUACAUGCGCCAGUGAUCAGCAUAGGAGAUCAGUGUGUGCAGUGUUAUAGGUCCCUAUAGGACCUAUAACACUGCAAAAAAAAAGUUAAAAAAAAGUGUUAAUAAAGGUCAUUUAACCCCUUCCCUAACAAAAGUUUGAAUCACCCCCCUUUUCCCAUAAAAAAAAUAAAACAGUGUAAAUAAAAAUAAAAAUAAACAUAUGUGUAUCGCCGCGUGCGUAAAUGUCCAAACUAUAAAAAUAUAUUGUUAAUUAAACCGCACAGUCAAUGGCGUACGCGCAAAAAAAUUCCAAAGUCCAAAAAAGCGUAUUUUGGUCACUUUUUAUACCAUUAAAAAAUUUAUAAAAAGUGAUCAAAAAGUCUGAUCAAAACAAAAUCAUACCGAUAAAAACUUCAGAUCACGGCGCAAAAAAUGAGUCCUCAUACCGCCCUGUACGUGGAAAAGUAAAAAAGUUAUAGGGGUCAGAAGAGGACAUUUUUAAACGUAUAAAUUUCCCUGCAUGUAGUUAUGAUUUUUUCCAGAAGUGCGACAAAAUCAAACCUAUAUAAGUAGGUUAUCAUUUUAACUGUAUGGACCUACAGAAUAAUGAUAAGGUGUCAUUUUUACCGAAAUAUGCACUGCGUAGAAACGUAAGCCCCCAAAAUUUACAAAAUGGUGUUUUUUCUUCGAUUUUGUCACACAAUGAUUUUUUUUCCAUUUCGUCGUGAAUUUUUUGGUAAAAUGACUGAUGUCACUGUAAAGUAGAAUUGGUGACACAAAAAAUAAGCCAUAAUAUGGAUUUUUAGGUGGAAAAUUGAUUAUGAUUUUUAAAAGGUAAGGAGGAAAAAACGAAAGUGCAAAAACGGAAAAACCCUGAGUCCUUAAGGGGUUAAAGUAUGUUUACUGUUGGUACUGGCAUGUUCUGUAAAGGCCCAUUGACAUGAGCAGAUAAUCGGUCAGAUUUAUGUGCAAAUGUUUAUGAUGGUCUUCUAAUGUAAAUAUGUGUACAAUUUGGUGAUUAGUUAUAAGACACUUGGUAAUUGAUCAUCGCUGUGACAGUGUCAAAGGGGCUGGCUGGAGUUUUCAUUAGUUUUUCAAGCUGGAUAUAAGUAUAAAAAUGGUCACCAUCAGAAUUGCAGUAGCGGGGGAUUGAACUACUUAAAGGGGUACUCCACUGGCCAGCGUUCGGAAGUAAAUGUUCCGAAGGCUGUUUUCGCGCUGCAGGGGUUGGCCAAGCCCCUUGUGACACCACAGAUACGCCCCCUCAAUGCAAGUCCAUAGACUGCUUGGACCCUCCACAAUCUUCUGCAUGGGACACCGGCUCUGCCUGGGAAGGGGGCGUGUUGCUGCCCGCACGGCUAUCUCCAGUUCUCCCAUAAAGAUACAUGGAGGGGGCUUGUCGGCCGCCAGUUCGUGUAGGGUUUGGUGUGCUCCGUUCUCGGUCAGAGCCAGGGUCCUUAUCCAUUAAAUUUUUGUGCAUGGCAGUUUUCCUUAAAAAAAAAAAAAAUGAAUAAAACUCCAUUCAACCCAUUUUAAUAGCGAAUAAAUGAAUAAUUUCCAACAAUUACGGAGAAUAAAUUGAGCGUAAAUACUUGACUGAAAUAACUGUUGGAUUGCAUAAUGCAGACAUAUGGAAGAAGAUUUUGCUUGUGUGAAUAAAGUUUUCCAAAAUGUUUUGUGGACACUGAAAGGAUGAGGAAAAGCUGAAACUGCAGAGAUAGCAGAUGUUGUAAGGAGCAGAUUUCCAAUCAUGAAAGCUGAGCGGAUAUUUAAUCAAAGGUAUCUAAAUAUAGCUGAUCUGGAAAGGCAGGUGACUAAACCGAGAGUUUCUUGGAUGACAAGAGCUUUAAAUAAAGCAGAUACUGAAUCAUGAAUAUAUUAAUAGAAAUAUCAGUAAUGUGGCCAAUUAAUGUGGGUGUAAAAUGAUAGUCUGUUUUAUGUGUAAGUACUGUAUAUUACUCAAAACUGAAAAUAUGUAUAGAUGUCAGCACCUGUUUCCUGAUACAUGUACAUUGUACAAGA